AAAAAAAAAAAAUUCAACUGCACACAGGUGUGUUGCAUCAGAGCCUAACUGACCCAAAGGCAACCACAGCCCGAUUGGACGGCUCCCCGGAGUCCCGGACCUUUAAGACCAGAGGGCAAAGUGUUGUUUUCGAGCUUUCGGCACCAGAAAACCAGAUGGUGAGCUUUGUGGAGCAGCAUCAGGACAAUCAAGUCACGUGACAUCCCAUCCCUGCCUUCAAGGACCGACGGACACUUAAACAGCUUGACGCCGUGCACGAUGCGAACAUUAGCGGCUGUCACGGGAGGACACUUGGCGAGGAUUCUGCUUUAUGGGCUCGAGCCAAGAAGCCUCCGUGGCUCCACCGGCUCCCCCGUCGUGAAGCCGCCGCUCCUCUUCUCGCGCUGAGCCCAACGUCCGGACGACAAUGUGACCGCGGGGUCCGGCUCCAAGUUCGAUUUGAUGGAAAGCGAGCAUCCGAAUCCCGGAAGAUGGGCUAUGGGCAAAUCCUCCACAAGCGCGGCCACAGUGAGCAGCAGCUUCGCCUUAAUGUUGGAGGACUUCACUUCGAGGUGGACGGAGGCACGUUGCGGCAGUUUCCGCACACGCGUCUCGGCCGCCUGCUGCGCUGCCGGAACGAGACGGCCAUCCUGGAGCUAUGCGACGAUUACAGCGCCGCCGACAGGGAGUACUACUUUGAUCGGAAUCCCCGGGUGUUCCUCUGUGUGCUCAACUUCUACCAGACUGGGCGCCUGCACAUGAUAGAAGACGUGUGCGUGUUUUCCUUCAGCCAGGAGAUCGAGUACUGGGGCGUCCACGAGUUCCACCUGGCCGACUGCUGCAGCAACUGGUUCCACGAGAGGAAGGAGUACAUCCAUCACCGGGACUGGGACGCCAGGAGCGAGGACGGCCGGCAGCCCAGCUUCGAUUCGUCUCUGGCGGAGUUGUCGGCGCUGGAUCAGGACCUGGCCAAGUUCGAGGGCGCGUGGUGCGCCCAGUUCCGGAGUUACAUCUGGCUCAGGCUCGAGGAUCCGGGUCACUCCCGAGCGUCCAAGAUCAUCGCACUGGCGUCCCUUAGCGUAGUACUGACGUCCAUCAUCGCCAUGUGCGUCCACAGCAUGCCCGAGUUUCAGCACGUGGACGACAACGACAAGCCCAUCGAGGACCCGGUCCUCGCCAUCCUGGAGAUGAUCUGCAUCGUGUGCUUCUCGGCCGAGUUCAUCAUCCGCUUGUUCGUGGCCCCCUCUCCCAGGAAGUUCCUCGGGAACCCCUUGAACAUCAUCGACGUCGCCUCCAUCCUGCCCUUCUACGCCACCCUGGCUCUGGAAAACGCAGACGAGGAGGCCGCUGAGGAGAACGAGGACAUCCAGAACGUGGGGAAAGUGGUGCAGGUUCUCCGCCUCAUGAGGGUCCUCCGAAUCCUCAAACUGGCUCGGCACUCCAUAGGGCUGCGAGCGUUGGGCGCCACCGUGCGUCACAGCUACAACGAGGUGGGUCUCCUUCUUCUCUUCCUCUCCGUAGGGAUCUCCAUCUUCUCCGCCCUUAUCUACUUUGCGGAAAAGGAGGAGGAAGACACGGACCUGGGCACCAUCCCUUCCGGUUGGUGGUGGGCCACCAUCACCAUGACCACGGUGGGCUUCGGGGACACCUGCCCCGUGACUCUGGUGGGGAAGAUAGUCGCCACCUUGUGUAUCAUCUGCGGACUUUUAGUGGUUGCGCUACCCGUUACCAUCAUUUUCAAUAAGUUCUCCAAGUACUACCAGAGGAACCAAGCCAUGGAGAACCAAUGUAUCCCCAAACCGGAGAGACAGGACCCGGACCUCCCCUAUUACAACAUCAGCGACUUGUUCACCGAUAAGGUGUAUCCGUUCCUUGAGGGCGUCACUCUCAGGAACAGCGUAAGCAGCGGUGGGGACAACACGGACGCCUCGAGCUUACAGGACUUCGACAUGUACUACGUUGAUACUCGUGAAAACUCAAAUACCGAACUGUGAAAUGCCGCGGUACUUUGACUUGCGAUUUGUUUUGAACCCGCGAUCACAUCUUUAGCAUUAGGUGUUUUCUGGAGAUACUAAUUACAUUUUUGGACCUACAUGACUUUUCCGUGAAAACGUACACAAAUGCAUCUUAGUGAUCGAGUUCCCUUUUUUGGGAGCUUCUUAAACAACUUGUCUUUAGAGUUAAUGCCACUGGAGAGAACUUUGUCAUGUUCUUGCAAUACACCGGAGGCAUCUGUGAGCUUGAUUGCCGGGAUGAAGCAGCCAUUUUGCGUUCACUUCGUAGCCGACAGCCAAAUAACUGCUGUUAUUUCUCAGCUAUGAAUGAAUCUGUGUGAAUGUGUCAACUAUUGCAUGUCUUUACGGUUAUUAUGAUUGUAUAAAGACAAGAGUGUACAUGG